GAGAAUUAACGAGGACACUCCAAAGUUCACAAGCCAAGUCAGCUGACUAUCGACUUUCCCAUCGAAUCAUCAACGAGUGGAAUUCAUAACCUCAGCACGUGAUUGAGGCUCCAUCCGUCAAAUCCUUCAAAAGAAAGUUGGAUCAACUAAGAGAUCACCGUUGCUAGGACUAAUACAGGCCAUCUAUUCUCCUGUCUUUUCCAAACUGAAACUGAAACUAUCAGAUAGAUAAAACUCAAAGGUGUCCACUGCUUCAGUUGUUUUAUUCAUGAGGAGAUUGUUCACUCUUAGAGGUCUACUAGAAAAUGACUAAUACGGGCCGUAGGUUUUCUGUCCUUAAUAUAAAUGUCGGAAUAUGAUGUCUGUAAUUGUACUUUGGUUCUUGUCACCUUGGCGCGGGUUGUACAUAUUGACUGCUGGCGUCAUGUGUUAUAGUAAUGUUUGUAAAUAUGAAUGAGGAGUUUGGGGAUACUAUAAUAAGUCCGGAUCAGUUGCUUUCUUUUGGGCUUGGUGGGCUUCGUAAUAUAGGCAACACUUGUUACAUGAAUGCCGCUUUACAAGCCUUAUCAAAUUGGUAACUUUCAGUGAUUCUUUUCAGUUUUACAGUCCACAUUUAACGGAAUUUUUCCUCGAGUGUCAUAACAUCCUUGAUCCAAAUCGAAGGCUUGUGUUGUUCAAUCAUUAUUGUACACUACUUUCUGAAUUUUGGGGAAAUGAAAGACCACGCUGUUUCAAUGCAAAUACAAUUUUAGAUACUUUCUGCAUUGUGCACCCAAUGUUCAGAGGUUAUGCACAACAAGAUGCUCAAGAGUUUUUGAGACUAUUUUUAGUCCAGCUGCACGAGGAACUGAAACACUCAAGGCUUUCAAACUCAGACAAAAAAGUAAGAACGUAUCAUCCGCAUACUCAAGGUCGAAGAGUUUUUCCAGGUAGCAGACUCACACCGCUACUACCUACCUCCAUUGAGCUGUUCCCAGGACGUAAUCGAUAGCGAAAUUGGAGUGGAAUGAUAAGAUUGGCUACCUCUGCUUGAACGGAACAAUGGAGGUAAGGUGUUGUACACCCUCACUCUCUGCUUGAUGUGUUUGCAUUUAGGACUUUCAAAAUGUUAAUAAACUUCUCAGGCACUUUAUUCUCCAAUAAACAAUCCCGAAGAAUAGUCCUGUCCAACGAAUCAAAAGGGGCCCUGAUGUAAGGACAAAGAUUGUUGGCUUACAAUAAGUAUGGUGAUUUUCUAGUCAAGUUUAACCGUCAAUUAUUUAUGUUAAUCCACUCUGGGAAGUGAUUGUUGGUCCGAAACAUGAAAGUCCCUUUUCAAAUUUUGCCAUCUCUAAAUGCGAAUCUUCCUCUUUAUAUUUUAUGUAGGCAUCAAACAAACAACUACUGGUUCAUCGGACAACAGUAAAAACAGUAUAAUUACCGAUGUCUUUCAGGGCAGAUUAGUUAGCUCUGUCCGUUGCCUGUCAUGCAGUCGGCUUUCCAAUCGGGAGGAAUCAUUUAUGGACUUGUCCCUUUCCCUUACCAAACCUACUGUACAAACGUAUUCAUCCUCUUCUGUUGAUCAAUCAACAAAAUCCUCCUUGAUGAAUGGUUCAAUAAGCACAGGUUCUUCAUUGAAAAGUGGUCCUGUAUAUUUGAAAACAUCUAAUGAUUUGCAACAGACACAACCAUCGAAGUCAACAAGUAGAAGGUAUUCUACACGUGGAUCAAAAAUAAAAUCAUCGUUAUUCACAUUACCAACAGUUGUUGGUCGUCUGGUAACGGGUAUUCCUUGGUUACUCACUAUGCUUUUAACCCUAACUCAUAUAUUUUUAUCCUAUGUACAAAGCUUUUUGCCCUCACCUAAACAAUGGAUAGAUAAAUGGUCUACUCUUACCCUUGAAGAUUGCUUAUCUCAUUAUUUUUCUGAAGCGGAAUUAGUUGGUGAAAAUGGAUACUUUUGUGGAAGAUGUAAUCGGCGGUGUAAUGGAUUGAAACAGUUCAGACUUGUCGCGUUGCCGGAAAUUCUUACACUUCACUUGAAAAGAUUCAGUAGUAAUCAUUUAUAUUCUUCGAAAUUAUCAUCUCCAGUGAAUUUCCCGUUAAAGAAUUUAGAUCUUUCACCAUACCUUCAUCGUGAUUGUACCGAUAAAAUUACAACCUAUGAUUUAAUUGGUGUCAUCUGUCACUAUGGCGGUUGCGGCGGUGGUCAUUACACUACAUGUGCGUAUAAUUCCUCAACGGAACAUUGGUAUGAAUUCAAUGAUGAACAUGUACGAAAAUUAGAUGCCGAACAAGUGGAAUCGUUGAAAAGUUCAGCAUAUAUCCUGUUUUAUAGAAAACGUGACACACAUUUGGAACCAAUACGUAAUUCUUGGCAAUUAACACCAUCUGGUAAAAUGUGUUAUGUAAGCAAACCUUGGGUUGUUCGCUUUUGGACAUGGGCUGAACCAGGUCCAAUGACAUCAGAAUUUUUCUGUGAACAUGGUUAUUUUCAACCAGAAUUAUGGGAGAUGCGUAAUUCACUAACUUUAACUAUCCCAGAAAGUAUUUGGUGUAAUCUUCAUAAAAUGUUUGGUGGUCAUGAAAUUAUUCAAGAAUUAAUCCCAUGUAGUGAUUGUUCUGAUGCUAUUUCAAAAAGACAGAAAUAUGAACUGUCAGAGAUUAUGAGGGUUAGUUCAUCGGUCACUCCAUCGUCCACAACUUAUGCUGUCAGUAAAAAAUGGUUGGAUGUAUGGCUUCAAUUUGUCAAAGGACAAAUAUGGGAAGCUCCAGGUCCAAUUGAUAAUUCCGACAUUAUGCCAUGCAAUAAAUCCCUUUAUUCGUAUCGUAACAGUGGAUCAUUUAAUUAUCCUACUCUUUCAUCAAUACCACUUGGUAAUUACGAAUGUGUUUCUGCUGAAGUAUGGAGUCUUCUGUUCAAUAUAUAUGGUGGAGGUCCGACAAUAUCUGUAUGUCAACCUACUUAUUCAUCAUCGAUCAAUAAUAGUAUAGAUGAAAAUCAGAUGGACGAUUUGUCAGAUCACAGUUCAUCGGAUCAAUUUUCACAAAAAUGUUCAUCAAAUUCUACUCCUAAUGAACAGUCACCUCUUAAUUCAGACCGAAUUGAUGAACAAGACCGAAAUAAUUAUUUGACUAAUGGUAACAAUCAUAUGAAUGGUGGUAUCUCUAACAAUUUGGAUUGCUCUGACAAUAAAUCCCAUUUGAAUCAUUGGAAUGAAAUGGAUAAAGAAAUAAAUUCGACAAAUCUCCCUAUAGAUUCAAUCUUAUCCAACGGCACUAAUGAUGAUACUAUUCAUCAUAUUGAAAUAUACACUCAACAAAAUGGUCAUCCAGUUAAAAAUAAAUUAACUCAAUCCACUGAAUGUUCACAAUUAAAUGGUGAUUGUUAUCCAUCAUCUAGCAAAACAUUGAACAUGUUCAAUGGUUGUUGUUCUAUUGUCACAGACUCUAAAUGUCAACUGAACAAUCAUCAUCCUAAUGUUCAACAGAAAUCUACCAAUAAUAGUCUAACUGUUAGUAAAGGCGCUAGGACCGGUUAUUUUGGUGAUUAUAAUCCAUUAGAUUUGGUGAAUCAUAAAAAUGUCUCCAAAGUAGAAUCUUAGUACCAACAGCAAUAAGUGCAUCAAAUGAAAUCAAAACAUGGUGAUCAGCUUUAUGUAGACACUGUCGAAUAGUUCUUACAUAAAACUUAAACUUUUUGUUUUCAGUCCAUUUGUUGCUUUUAUUACAUUUAAUUAAUAAAUAAAACUGUGAUUCUAUGCAUUGUUUUGAAAUUUUCUUCUUAAUUGAUUGGAAUGGUAAUCGUUAUUAUGUUAUGUUUUCAGAACCAAGUGAUCUUUCCUUGUGACUCAGGUGAUGGUUCUUUUCUUUUCAUCCUUACUUUAUAAUAUGCAAGCAAUGUAUGAUUGUAAUUUGUAAUUAUUUCCUCUUUUGUGAGUUGAUGAGUUUAUGUGUAUGUUUCGUGGAAAUUACUGUUAAGAAUGACAACAGCGUUGAACUAAGCAAACACACAGUGUUUGUGUAUGUAUUUGACUUGUAAUUUUAUGUGUUUUAUUCUUUCAUCUAAGAAGUACUAACUUCUCUCUUCAAAACUGUAUAUUGAUUGGAUUCGAACUGUUGUCUCAUUUGAACAAUUUAUUUAUUUUAUCCUUUCUUUUUGACCCAUUUAUAUAUAUGUAUACAUCAGUAAUUCUUCAUUAAUUUGAUAUUAAGGGUAGUGAUAAUUUUAAAUAUUGUUAUUCAUCGUCUUCUUUUUCUGUAUGUGUAUGUAUACACACUCUGGUAUAAUAUUUUGCUUUUCAUUCAUAUGUGUAUAAUUUCAUCUGCAUAGUAGCCAUCCAUUCAUCCGUUCAUAUUUAUUCAUUUAUAAUACAUAAUAAAAUCAUGAAAAAAAAGUAUCAACAUCACUUGUUCUUUAUGUGACCUAUUUCAUUGUUGUUAUUAUUAUUGCUAUUACUACUCCUAAUACUACUACUACUACUACUACUACUGUUAUUGUUGAUAAGUAGUAGUGUCUAGUGUUACUGAUUCAUUUCUACUCAGAUAUUUUCUAUCACAUUAAUGAUGAAAUUCUUCGUGUAGUAGUAGAUGUAAAACUGUAUCCCAUUUGUUUUCUUCUCUAUUUAGAUGGAUAUUAAACUUGUCACGUGUGUAUAAAAGCACUAAUAUUAUUGAUUUUUUAUUUCCUGUUAUACAUUAAGUAAUUUAUAUGCAUAUAAUGUUAUUCAUACACUCGGAAUAAUGAAUAUAUCUAUGUCUUCAUGUGGGUACUUAUUAACUUAUUGCUUGUUUAAUUUUGUAAAUUAUUUUUAAAGAAAAAAAAAUGUAAACAAAGAAGUUAUGCACAAAUAUUUUCUUCUUGUUUCUAUGUACAUUGCCUUGUUUGUUUGUUUGUUUAUAAUUAUAUUCGACUUGUAUUAAUAUUAUUAUUAUCACUGUUUAUUUCUGUUAUGAUCAUCAACAUCACAGUGCGGUUUUCAUAGGUCACAGUAACAUAGAUCUUUUGUCCCACUCUUAUUACUAUUAUUAUUCUCAUAGAUUGUCAAGAACAAAUAUGUGUUUAUGGUAUUUGUUGCAAAUUUCUCGAUGUAUAUUCACUGAGAGAUAGGAAGAGAUGUGAUAGGGUUAUCGUAUUCCUAAUGGUUGGUUUAUUUAUUUGUAAAAUAUUUCGUUGUCUUCUUCAUGAAUUAUGAUAAGAAUGUUGUUGUUUAGUUUUAUUUUAUUUUGUUUCAACACAUAAACAUUGGUAUAAGGAGGCAUCAAAUAUAUAUGCGCCACACCAUAUUUGUGCGUGUGGGCUGUGAUACUGCCCGGGUGCCCAGACCGAAGCAGGUGGU